CUCAGUCUCAAAAGAAUUACAAAAACGCACGACAGUUGGCGUCACUUCCUGUCAUUUUACGGUAGCGUCAACUGUGGUAGCCGAGGUAAACAUGCGGAUAGUCCAGUAGAACCAUCCGAGAUGGAGAACUACAGUAAAGCUCGGGUUGUGGAGCAGCCGUCUGCCUGUCCGUUCCCCAACCUCUCCGCUGACACCCCGGAAGUCCGCGUUAAAGACGGCAGCAAGAUCCGGAACCUGCUGCGCUUCGCCCUGAGCCGCAUGGAGGCCAAUCCCAGAGGAACUGAGGAAGAGCAGAGGCGUCCUACUCCUGACGAAGGAAGCCUGGAAGGUCCUCAGGAAGCAGUGGGCCGGCCUCUCUGCAAACAGAUCAUCUUCACCGCCUGCGGGAAGGGCGUCUCCAAAGCCAUCACGUGUGCUGAGAUUGUGAAGCGGCGCCUGAAGGGGCUCCACCAGCUCACCAAGCUGACCUACAGCAAAGUUCUGGAGGUGUGGGAGCCUCUGGAGCCCGCCGCCGGCCUCGAUAGCCUCACUGUCAGCAGGAACCUGCCCGCCAUCUGGAUCCUCCUCUCCAAGGAGCCACUGGACUUGGACCAGCCCGGAUACCAGGCACCUGGCCGCUACGACGCCCUGUGGGCUCAGGCUGCCGGUAGGGAGGAGGGUGGGGGGGUCACAGGGCAGCGAGCAGGACACAGGAGGAAGAGAGGAGGUGGAGGUGGAGGUGGCAGAGGGAAAGGAUCUGGCCGUCAGAGCGGACGCUCCAGAGAGUCUGGAAAAGGACAGACAUAAAUUCAUCCAAAGCAACAGACUGAAGAGACUCCGUCAAACCAGAUGUUUAAGUUAAAGUUUUAUUUCCUGUUUAGUUAGAGCUGUGUGGCAGUUAAAGCACAAAUUAAAGAUUAAAAAUAAAAA